AGCUCUUUCCCUCGGUCAUGUGACACGCUAGUGGAAGUUGAGGAAACCGUCCACUACACUAGCAGGCUACGGUUGAAAAUUUGAAAGACAAACAUCUUUAUAUCCACGUUUUAAGGAACAAGACAAGGCGCUUGUGUUCGCGCUGCUGGCCGCUGAUUUCCCCCCAUAAAGAGACCAAAAUGACGGCGGCGGUAUUUUUCGGCUGCACCUUCAUCGCCUUCGGCCCAGCUAUCGCUCUGUUCCUGUUUACCAUCGCCCGGGAGCCGCUGAGGGUCAUUUUCCUCAUAGCAGGAGCGUUUUUCUGGCUGGUGUCUCUGCUGCUGGCCUCCCUGGUGUGGUUCAUCUCAGUUCAGAUCAGUAACAAGGACAGCCCAGCGCAGCAGAAAGGUCUCCUCAUCUUCGGUGUGGUGCUGUCUGUCCUGCUGCAGGAAACCUUCCGCUUCGCUUACUACAAGCUGCUGAAGAAGGCGAAUGAAGGCCUCCUCGCUCUCAGUCAGGAGGAAACCAUGCCGAUCUCCAUACGUCAGCUGGCCUAUGUGUCCGGCCUCGGCUUUGGCUUCAUGAGCGGUGCGUUCUCGGUGGUGAACAUCCUGGCGGACUCUGUGGGGCCAGGGACUGUUGGGAUCCAUGGAGACUCGCAGCACUACUUCCUGUCCUCAGCCUUCAUGACCAUGGCCAUCAUCCUGCUUCACAUGUUCUGGGGCAUCGUCUUCUUUGAUGCCUGCGAGAAGCAGCGCUGGUGGGCGGUGGCUGCUGUUGUCAUCAGCCACCUUGUCGUUUCCUGUCUGACCUUCCAGAACCCCGAGUACGUCGCCAGCCUCGUUCCCACCUACAUCAUCUUGUUCCUGAUGGGCAUCUGGGCGUUUUACUCUGCCGGCGGCUCCCUUAGGAACCUCAAACUUUGCCUCACCUGCAAAGACAAAGACUUCCUGCUGGCCAACCACCGGCCCAGAUAACGCUGCACGCCAGGCAGUGUGCAGGACUCUCUAUCCAAAGAUCACCGAGUUCACACACACAAACACACAUACACUAAACACAGCGAAGAAGCAGUUUUAACCUUCUGUUAAUCUGCUCUUUCACUUAAGAGGUAUUUCAUCAUCUUAAGUCUAAAAGUAAAAGCAUUAGAAGUUCCUCCAAGGAAAGAAACAAAAAGAUAAUUUUGAUUCAUGUCCAGCUCAGAGGCUCAGUUAGUUUGUAUAAUGAGGUUCUGUUAAAAACAAAAUAUCUGAUAUCUGGCUGAAAGUUUUCCCUGUUUGUUGCCUGAUGCUCUGAAAGAAACAACAAGCCUACAAACGAUAUUUUAGGUUGGUGACACUCUUGACAUUCUGUACAUAUUCCAAUGUUUUCAACUUUUCUGACAGCUAUCUUCUUUUCAAAUGUGUCAAAUCUUUCAAGGGGUGGAUUUAUCAUUUAUGAACAAAACUCUGUAAAUAUUUAUGCAUUUUUAAUUCCCUGAUGUGUAGAUAGUGAGACGUUUUAACCUUUUUCAAGAUGUGACAUCUUUAGUCUGUGUAAGAACUUGCCUUUGAUUUGAAAUGAAGCUGAGAGGGGA